UUGUCAAUCUUCAAAGUGUAUAGUUUCGAAUUGUAUACUACUAGUGAAGUAUCAAAACAAAUAAACGUGGCAUUCUGGCAUAUGGUAUAAGGAAAGUAAUUAUUCCUCGUGAUUUUGUUUUUAAAUCAAUUAGCCUCCCUCUCCUUCAAAACGGUAAUGUACGAUUUCCGAACCUUCUUGCAAGAAGAUCGAUUUGUGUUCUAAGAGCGAAGUGCCGAUACGUGGAUGUAUAUUGGAAGAAUGGAAACAGAUUUGCGUCAAAAAGUUAUUUCUAAACUUAAUCUUGAAUUCGGAAGCGAUACAAAUAAUCUCUAUAAAUGUCACGAAUUACGGAAUAAAUUAAUGGAAGAAAAAGAAGCUAUAGAGAAUUCGCUUUCUCUUGCAAGCAGUGAAGUUCCAACCAAAGUCAGUGCUGCUAUGAAAGAAGCAGAGGGGGCAUCUAGAGAGAUCGGUGAACUUACAUCAGAAUACAAAAGUUGGAAAAAAACUGUUUCAGUUCAGUUAUCAAAAAGUGAACCAGUAAAUAAGGAGUUGAAGGAAUAUAUCGAAAAAAUUGAUUACCUGGAGAGGUGCAAAGCAUAUCUAAUAUGUGUAAGAGAGAUAGAAAAUAUUAGUUGCAAUCUAGAAAGUUCUGUGACAGAGAAGGAUGACCAUAGAAGCAUACAGCUCUUCCGUUCACUCUGUGAGCUUAGUGACCAAAUUAAUUCAUCAAAAUGCAGUCACCUACUGUCAUAUCUGCAUGAGACAAUCAACUUUUGGCACAAUUUAUUGAAAGACAAGUUGUCUGUUGAAUUCGAUGAGGUGUUGCAGUCACUAAAAUGGCCCUUUAUAAACACCAGUUUGCUAGUUGCAACUCCACCUCCAGAAGUAACACAGAAGUUCCAGCAGUUGACUGAGUACCUGUUGCAUUUGCAGUUACCAACAAAUAUGAAAACACACAAAGUCACAUCUUCAGUUGCUAUUGACUUUGAACCUCUCUCACUCCCUCUCUCCCUUUUGUUACGACCUCUGAGAAAACGAUUCAUGUUUCAUUUCUAUGGCACAAGGCAAACCAAUAGACCUGAUAAACCUGAGUGGUUUUUCUCCCAAAUAUUGACAUGGAUUCGAGACCAUGAGAAGUUUGUAAAUCAGUGGGUACAACCAGUAUACAACAGUAAUGGAUUAUCUCACAUUUCAGCAAAGACUGAACUGAUUCGGGGUCUAGUACAGCUGGCUGUUGAGAAACUGCACAAUGAGCUGCCUUCUCUCCAACAGGAUGAUGCUCUUUUCUCUCACUUGGUAGAUGAAGCACUAGGUUUUGAUCGAGAACUACGGGAUAGUUUCAAUUACCCACCAAAGCAGCCUGGUGUCAUACGUGUUCUGACACAAGCCCAAGUGUUUGUUAAUUGGAUUAACAUGGAAAAGAAAUAUGCAGUAGAAAAGAUGGAUGCUAUGCUGAGCUCAGAAACUGCUUGGCAGCCGUUAACAACAGCAGAUGUUGAUGAAUUGCGUAUUACUGAAGUUGGUGAAAGCUUCUUGACACUGCUACUCACCAUUACAGAACGAUAUAGCUGUCUUCCCCAGCCUGGACACAGGUUACAAUUUCUGGAGCUGCAGUUGGAGUUGCUGGAUGACUUCCGUGUCAGAUUGCUUCAGUUACUUAAUGAAGAACGACUUGAAGAUCCACUCACCUCUCGUUUACCUACUAUUCUGAAUACUAUUGCCUACAUUUGUUCUGUACUUCAGGAAUGGUCUCAGCUAACACAUUUUUUACAGUUAUAUUUUUAUAAAUCUCAACUUCAAGGCAGUAAUGAGAACAGUAUAGAAAGCUUAGAAGGCACUGUGUUUGAUGAACCUGUAGAACUGCUACUGCGUACAAAGACAGAACUUGUGACUGCCUUGUGUUAUGCUGUAAUAAUGGAUAUCAAAGCUCGAAGCCGAGAGUAUCGUAAAGACAGGUGGUAUGCCAUGCCGUCACCACGAGAACUUGUGUCACCAUCUGUUACACCAAGUGCCUGCCCAAUGUUCCAAGUGCUUGCCACAAGACUGCACCAGUUGCAGAACUUACUGUCAGUGCCACUGUUCACCGAGACCUGGGAGGCUAUAGCUUCAGAAUUAAAUCAGUUCAUAUAUGAAGAAGUAAUUCUGAUGAACAGGUUUAAUGAGGGUGGUGCAAUCCAGUUGCAGUUUGACAUGACUCAAAACCUUUUCCCACUGUUUGCACAAUAUACUAGUAAACCAGAGGCACAUUUUGCAAUAGUAAAGGAAGCGUGCCUUCUGCUGAAUCUACCCAGAGCAUCUGCACAUCAACUCCAUAGCGUAUUGGCAAAGGUGUGUGAGGAUGUUGAUCAUGAAGACUUUGUAGGUGGACGAUCACAAUCACUGCUGGAGGCUGGUAUCCAGCACUUAACACCUGAAAGAGCUUUACAGGUUUUGAGUUUACGCAUUGAUGUCCGCCAACUGCCUUAAUGUGAGACUCUCACUUUAAACAAAGAUGAAAAUGGUACCCUUCUGCCACUUGUAGUCUUAAGACAAUAACAGUGGUACCAUGUAUUUAUAAUGUCUGCUAAUAGUUUUGCUGAAAAAAAGGAAAGAAAAAUCAUAAUAUUAUCUUG